CCCGAUCUCGAAAGCGAUUUCAUCAACAUACACUGAUAACUAUUGUGAGAUUGUGCUAAUUUCGUAAUCAUGACAAAAUGGGCGAAGCUGCGCAGAAAUAUCCAUAACGAGAAAAUUUACAUUUUAUUUACGCAAGUGAUGAAAGAUCAAUAAUGUUGCUUCAGUUACUGUCAGUAACAGAUUCAGAAUAAAUCUCAUAACUAGAUUACGCUGACAAUUAAAAGUAACGAUAAAACAUUUGGGUUCAUUGACACUUGCGUGUUUUUGUCGAUUACUAUAGUUUAGACUGGCUUAGCAAAGAAUAGCUCUUGGCUACUAAUCCAUUCAAUAAUAUACAUUUUACAAUUGAAAUCAUUUCAAUCAUUCAUUUUAGAAUGAUGUGUCCGUGAGCUUUGUACAAUCUCUGAAAAAUGGUUGAAUUGAAAUAUUUUUUGUGAUUCUAAGUAUUUUUCCGGUGUUGAUUAGAACUUACAAUUUCUUUCUGAGUAGUAGGAUGAAUCAUAGAUUUCCAACACUAUAAUUUUCUGAAUACAUAAUAUUAUAGGUGACACUUUUCUCUAGGAAAUGAGACAUUGUCAAUUGGUUUAGCUUAUGGGUUUGUGAAAUGUGAACUGAAACACUAAAGUCAUUUAUUCUGAGCGACACUUCGAAAGUGCUACAUACAACAAGAAAACGAUCAAUCUAAAUAGCUUUUUGUAGAGAUCGCAUUUUAAAGUAAUUACCAUUUAAAUUGCAUCUUUUAAAAUAUAAUUAAUGGUUAAUGAUAUGAAAUUAGAGAAGAGCAUUAAGCAUCAGGUCAUCGAAAUAAAAAAGAACGUUGUUUUUUUCAUCUUUUUUGCACUCUUUCAAAUAUUAUAUAUUUUAUAAAACAAUUAAUUUUCAGAAUUGUAGGUAAUCGAUUGUAAAACUAAAUACUUAGAAACUGGAAGAUGUGUUAUUUGAAAAGUUUCUUUUUCAAACUGUAGUCAGUUCUAUGUCGAUUUUAUUUAAGAUCUUUUUUAUGUGAAAAUAAUGCCAUGAUAGGUCUCUGAACGUUUGUCCACAACUUUACUCCUUGGAUAUGAAUAUAAAAGAGAAUGUAUAGUUUACACUAUUUUGAUUAAGACAAAAUAAGACAAAAUAGCUUAUCGAUAGUAAUGUUUGAAAGUUUUAAAAUAUUCUUAAUAUAAACAUUAUCAGUUAAAUUUCUAAUAUUUAUUAUAGUAUUCAUUUUGGUCAUUUAGUGUAUAUGCCGAUGGUGGUCGUCGUGUUACUGCUCCACCGACUCCCAAACAAUCAUGGGGUGAUUUAUCAGCAACAACGGUUAUUGAUUCAGGUGCUCUUAUGCCUGUUCACUCUUCAAAUUCUCGAUCAACAUCAGAAUUAAAUUCUUAUUUGUCUCGUCGUCGUAAUACAACUGGUAGUAUUCAAUUUACAAAAAUAGUCGAUUUAAAUAAGACACAAAAUAUAUUUCAAGCUGUAGAAGAUUCUGAUAUAAUAACCACAAAAUAUUUGGUUACAACUCAUGAAUCAUUAAUUAAUUCUUACAAUGAAUUUGAUUGGUGUCCAUUAGAUUUGGCCAUUAUGCUUAACAAUGUACCUAUGAUCAAAUUAUUAAUUCAAUAUGGAGCAAAAGAAAGUGAAAAAAUUCAACCAGAAGACCGUCGCUAUCGAAGUGUUUGUUGUAUAUUAGAAAAGUUAGAUAACGAGCCAACAUCAAGAAAAAAUUCGAGAUUAACUGUUGAAGAUACUCAGAGAAAAUCACGUGAAAAACGUCGAAAUAUGUAUAUACAAAUGAAGGAAAAUUAUGAGCAAUCAAUUAUAACAGAAACGGGUGAACAAGUAGAAAAGGUUUCUAAUCAAGCUUCGGCAUCGGAGACAACUAAUUCAAGAUUUCGUGCUCGCGCUGUCAUUGUUAAAACAUGUCUACAAUUUAUAAGUAAAUCAAGAUGGAGAGUAUUAGGAAUUGAACAUGCAGCAACCAAACUUGAUCAAGAAAAACGUGUUCCAGAUGCUCCAACAAAUGUAAGAUUAAUGGUAACAGGAUCCAGUAGUAUCACAGUGGCAUAUGAUGAGCCGAUACGAGUCAACGGAGGAUUAGCGACAAAAUACAAAGUUGAAUGGUCAACAUCAGAGGAUUUCAGUGAACUAGUUCAAUUUCAUGUCGUUAGAAAUUGUUUUGUACAUGAAUAUGUUAUUCGAGAUUUAUCAGUUGGUAUACGAUGUUAUGUGAGAGUAUCAGCUGGAAACAUGAAAGGUUUUGGUCCAGCCACCAUAACUAAUCCCCCUUUUUGUAUACCAUCAAGUUGGCGUGAAUUUUCAAAAACAUCUCGUCAAAGUUUAUGUGAAACAAAAUUCACUGAAAUUUUAAAUAGGAUCAAACCAGACAAAAUUUCAGCAACAACGGCUGAAGGACAAGAAUCACCUGAGAUGCCAAAUCCAUCAUCAACGAGACAGCGUAGGCGAAGUUAUGGACAUAUACGAAAAAAUGUUCGUCAACUACUUCAAUUACAUCCAAAAUUAGAAAAAACAAUGAAACGUGGUUUAUAUUUGGUGUCUAUCGUGUUCAAUGGUGAUCGAAUGUUAAUUAGUAAUGAAGAUAUGUUUCCCAUGGUUGAAGUGGAUGAAAACUAUGGAAAUAAUUUAUUAGCAGAUUUUCAAUGGUUUAUCAAGCUUAGCUUUGAUUGGGAUGAAUUAAAAACACUACGUCCUAAUUUUGAACGUUGUGGAAGUGCAACAACAUUUUUUCUAAGAAUGAAACUGGUACAAGCAGCCAUUGAAUUACAAAUGUUAUUAGACAUGACGAACCUUGGACGUUUACAUCAUCAUUUUGUUCGUGAUAAUUAUGAAACUGCAGCAUUUGUUUUAAUAUGUGAAUUACACGGUGAUUUACGUACAUGUCCUGUCAAUCUAAAAUGGUCAUCUAUUGCACGAUUUCGAGAACAAAUUCAAGAAACAGAAUCAAAUAAAAAGCUCACAUGUAUACAGCAGAUAGCUGAUAAACUAGGAGAUUUGAUCAAUUUUUAUCAAUCAUCAGUAAAUCGUUUAGAUAGUGGUUUAUAUUUAGCAUAUUUAAAAAUGCAAAAUAGUGUCGAUUCUGUUCGAGUCAUGGUCGAUAGACGUAUGCCCGGCAUGCUACCGUGUGCAAAAAUAAGAAAUAUUUCAAAUGUAUCAAGAGAAGAAUGGGAAUGGUUACAUCAAACUUCAACUGACGUUUCAACUUCAAAUGGUUUAGAUUUAGUAUGUUCAACAUCAUCUGUUAAUGAAGAUUCAGAAUCGUCGAUAAUGAAUAUAAUAUCAUUUAAACAACAAUUCAGUCAAGCAGCCAAACAAUUGUGUCUAAUGUUAAAUUUACCUGAGACACGUUUUUCCAAUAGUCGUAUAUACGAUUCACAAGUAGUGGAAGUUCGUGAUGAUUUAUCAUUGAUUAUUCUCAUGUCAACAGCUGAUGAAGUUAAUGUAUUAUCGACACCUUCUAUGACAAGGCAUAUACAAGAAAAUAAUUUCAUGUUUUUACCCGUUUAUAUAUUUGAAAUUUUACAACAUUUAAGUAAUAACUAUCGUUUCAUAUCCCAAUAUAGUCGUGUAUCAAUAUGUCUUGAUUUUGAAUUACUCGUUGCCCAACAAAUUCAACGUGAAGCAUUCUCUAUGACAGAGUUAGAAGAGUCAAAAACACGUUUAAAUCAAUUACUCAAUUGUCAACAAGAUUUAGAUGAUAUUUGGCGUACAUCGCGGUGGCUAGUAGAUGUUAUUAAUUGUGCCAAGGAUAAAACGUAUGCUGGUAUAUCAUUAACAUCAUGGCUAUCGUUAAACAAUACGUCUAGUACUACUACUACAACAACGACCCUACAUGAUGAAUUUCGUCUUAAAGUUGGCCAAUUAGCAGCUAAUGAUGCUUAUGCAUCGGAUAGUGCAUUGGAUGUGCUAAAAUUUAAAUCAGCGCCAACAACUUCAUCCUCUCUUCUCCUAUUACCUACAUUAUCAACAUCAAUGAUCAAUACCAUUCCGGACAAUAAUCAUCGUACAGCAAUGACGAACACUAUUGCUGAUACUACUACGAUAAUGAAUAGUAACAACACAAAUCCAAUUACAGGUGAUGAUAAACUAUUUUUUCUUGUAACAGACACAUGCUUAACUCAUUCGGAUAGCGGAUUUAUUGACAAUGAAUCAUCGUCAGAACGUUCACGAACAUCUACAAUUUCCUCAACAUCAUCGACCAAUAAUCAUCAUACUCUACCUCAUGCCCAUGAUACCGUAAAUGAUUUAACAUUAUACGUACCAACAACAUAUAGUCAGAAAACCGAAUCUUAUUUAAGUCCAAUGGCAAUUGUUGCUCUACGUUUACGUCCACUCAAAACAGCUACAUGUAAAGAUAUUCUGAAUACUAUUGUAAUUCAUGUAAAAACGUGUCACACAUUUAAUAAACCAACACCACAACAUUUAUGUCCUCAACAACGUUUUCAACCGUCAUCCGGUUCUCUUAUAUGGACACUCAACGGUCGAGAACAAAUUUUAGACGAACACUUAACAGCUGCAGAAUUAGAUAGACUAUUAACACGUUAUGGUGGACGAAUUCAUCUUAAAUGGAUUAAAUUACCAACAUCACCACUACCAUUAUCAAAAUCAUCCACACCAAUUUACAGUGAAAUAAAUGUUACACCACCAUCGCCACAAAUAACAUCGAGAAACAGUGACAGUAUUCAUAGUUCAACAUUAUCAUCAAAUUUAAGUUUAAAUUUAAAAUAA